AUGGUAUCUACACCCGUAAAAUCCUCUACCGAUGGUCUCAAGACCAGGUCGUCGGCGCGCAAGAAGACUACAUCAUCAACAUCAGCAACCGAACUUGCAUCGCAUUUGGCCGACGAGUAUUCCGCAACGAGUACUCCAACUCGAAGAAGUGCAAGAUUAAAUCCUAGCUCGAAAAUAUUCACACCUAAUGGUCAUUCGCCUGCUGCUACCGACAAGCAUGAAGUCGAGAGUAGCAAUGACAUGAGUGGCAGUAACAAUCACGUCUCAGAUGCAGUAUUAACAAACAGGAAGAAGGAUAGUGCAUUUGAUCAAAAGAUUAUUGUAGAGUUUGGAGGCACACCAGGCGUGAUAGGCAUCAUGCUAGGCUUUACAGCCCUAAUGUACUAUUUCUGGAUUUGUCUAGAGUAUUAUAACGGAGCCAUGGCACAUCCAUCUUCACUCGAUGACAUUGUGCCGUUCCUACAACGUAUGGGACACCAUGUCGUAAAGGGCGCUCCACCUACUGUAUUCUCAGUCAGUGUCUAUGUCGGGUAUAUCUUGUUCUCGGCCUUCUUGUCAAUGACGAUGCCGGGUCCGAUUGUGAAGGGGUUGCCGGUACCGUCGUUGGGUUAUAAGCAGUUGGAUUAUCUGUGUAAUGGGGUUAGUUCGUUUUAUGUUACGCUAGUUACGAGUGCCGUGCUUCAUUACUACAGAAUCCUGCCCCUCGGCUCAAUCAUAGACAACAUUGGAUCCAUCAUGACAGUCGCGAUCAUAUCAGGCUGGACUGCAUCUCUCCUAAUCUACAUUUCAGCAUUCGUAACAAAAACCACUCAUCGAAUGUCUGGCAACCCAUUCUACGAUUUUUUCAUGGGCGCUGUGUUAAACCCCCGUAUUGGAAAUUUGGAUUUGAAAAUGUGGGCUGAAAUACGCGUGCCCUGGAUUAUACUGUUUUAUGUGUCGGUGUCGGCUGCUGUCAAGCACUAUGAAGAGACGGGUGUUGUGGGUCCGAAUCUGUGGUUUAUGGUAUUGGCACACUUUUUGUAUGUGAAUGCGUGUAUGAAGGGGGAGGAGUGUAUUCCGACUACCUGGGAUAUCUUUUAUGAAAAGUUUGGAUUCAUGCUGUGCUUUUGGAAUUUGGCUGGUGUCCCAUUCUCAUACUGCUACUCAACCAUGUACUUGUUAAAAACUACACCUGGACAAAAUCUUAGCUGGUCGACACCAUAUCUGAUCUUUGUCUACACCCUCCUUGUUUCUGGUUAUUACAUGUGGGAUACUGCAAACUCUCAAAAGAACCGAUUCCGAAUGCAAAUUGCUGGUACAUACAUCCCACGAUGGACGUUUCCUCAGUUGCCAUGGGGUACUUUGGUUAACCCAACAUAUAUCAAGACGAAACAUGGAUCGUUGCUUUUGACUUCAGGUUGGUAUGGCAUCGCACGAAAGAUUCACUACACUGCUGAUUUGAUGAUGGCUCUAUCUUGGGGGCUGAUUACUGGUUUUGGCUCCUUCUUACCAUACUUUUAUGUCUGCUUCUUUACAACCGUGCUCGUCCAUCGAGUGACACGAGACAUGGAACGAUGUGCUAAAAAGUAUGGUCAGGACUGGGAAGACUACACUACUCUGGUUCCAUGGAUUUUCAUUCCUGGUAUAUUCUGA